AUGACUGAGACGCCAUCCGAGAAAAGCAUUGCAGAUUCCAAGGAAGAAAAUCAGCCGACAGAAGUAAUUGGUACUGAAUAUAACAAAAAUGACCUUGAGACAGCUCUUCCGCCCCAAAACCGAUAUCCGGAAACAGAUCUGAGCCGAGGCAUCGUGGGCUGGGAUGGGCAAGAUGACCCCGACAACCCCCAGAAUUUUGCGGCUUCACGAAAAUGGGGCCUACUGGGGUUGACAAGCGCUAUCACCUUUGUGUCUCCGCUUGCGUCAAGCAUGUUCUCGCCAUCUGUGAGCUAUGUCGCAAUUGAUCUAGGUGUGACGAAUAAGACACUGCUCUCAUUCAGCAUCAGCAUUUAUAUUUUAGGCUAUGCAUUCGGUCCAUUGGCACUAGCACCCUUGAGCGAGGUUUACGGGCGCCGAAUCAUACUCAGCUGUGGAAAUUGGUGGUUUGUUGUCUGGCAAAUCGGAUGUGCACUCGCACCAAACUUGACCUGUUUGAUCAUCUUCCGGUUCUUCGCUGGCAUCGGUGGGUCAGCAUGCCUUACACUUGGAGCAGGUGUCAUUGCAGACCUUUUCCCCAUCGAACAACGAGGCUUAGCGACUGCUAUUUGGAGCUCUGGUCCAAUGAUCGGGCCGGUAGUGGGUCCCAUCGCAGGGGGCUUUAUUGGUGAGACAAUUGGCUGGCGAUGGGUCUUUUGGGUGCUGUUGAUGAUCUCUGCCGUUGUAUCGACAGGAAUUGAGGUUUUGAAUCGAGAGACAUAUGCUUCUGUUCUGAUCCGAUGGAAGACUGUGCGCCUUGCCAAGGAGUUAGGCCGUCCCGAUCUCCGAAGUGCUUAUGCACCGGAUGGAGAGCAUGUUUCAGUUAUGACCGAGCUCAGGCACGGGUUGACGCGACCAGUUCUCUUGUUCUGCAAGUCACCCAUCGUGUUCCUGCUCUCCACUUACAUGGCUCUCGCAUAUGGCCUUCUUUACCUGUUCUUCACCACGAUCCCGACCGUAUUCAGGGAUCAGUAUGGUUUCUCCACCGGCCUGUCAGGGUUGGCAUUUGUGGGGAUAGGGGUUGGGUUUUUUCUGGGGAUGGGUCUGGUCGCAUCCACCAACGACCGGCUCGUUGUCAAACUGACCCAGCAGAACGGCGGCCAAUUCCAACCGGAGAUGCGGCUACCGAUGAUGAUAUUCUUUGCUUGUUUCUUACCUAUUAGUUUCUUCUGGUAUGGCUGGACUGCAGAAAACCAGGCCCAUUGGAUCGUCCCGAUCAUUGGAACGGUGCCAUUUAGUUUCGGCAUGAUGGGCAUCUACUUGCCCAUUCAGACGUAUGUCAUUGAUUGCUACCCUGGCUAUGCGGCGUCAGCCAACGCCACCCUUACUGCCAGCCGGUCAUUGGUGGGCGCACUGCUCCCUCUUGCGGGGCCACAAAUGUUCCAAAGUUUAGGGCUUGGAUGGGGGAAUUCGCUGUUGGGCUUCGUGGCUGUGGCCUUUAUUCCGGUGCCAAUAGUAUUCUCGCGGUAUGGACAGGCCAUUCGGGAAAGAUUCCCCGUGGAGCUUAGAUAG